AUGUCUUCAAAGGAGCAAGAAGAGAUCCCAUUGAACCCCGAUACCGACGGAGACCUCUCCUCUGAAACUGACGGCGAAUCCUUUCACUAUGUCCCACCAAGAAGACGACGUCUUAGCCCGUGCAGAUGCUUCGGGUGGGCGCUCGCCUUGACGACACUCAUUGUUGUCUCUGGCAUUGCGGGGGCUUGGAUCUCAAUGGCCUUUCUCAACAUUGACCAGAAUUGUGCUGCCCAUACAACUCAAUGGUCGCCUCUCCUCGACGACGUUGCGAUCACAUACAAGACGGUCGAGUUUGAUGGCAAGUUUAUGAAUGAGAACGUCUUUAGAAGGAAUGCCUCACCAGAGGUUGAUGCUGCAUGGGAAUCAUUAGGUGUUGAUGCCCGCCCUGGUGUCAUCUCUUACGAGGAUGGUAUUGCCAGUGGCCUGGAUCGCUCCUUUGUCCAGCGCAAUCCCAAGUAUGGAGGCGGUUUCAUCGUGAACGUAGAGGGAAUGCAUCACCUCCAUUGCCUGAACCUUGUUCGCAAGUCUCUGUGGUACAACUACGACUACUACAAGAAGAUGAAGAUGCACGCCUUCAAGAACGACGGCGAGAUCUUCCGUCUGCACGUCACCCACUGCCUUGACACCAUCCGCCAAGUCCUCAUGUGCAACGUCGACACUGGCGUUCUUGGCCAGGUCUGGACCAACCCCGAGGAUCCCACCGCCUUCCCCGACUUCAACACCAAGCACAAGUGCAAGAACUACGACCAUGUCAAGGACUGGGCGUUGAAGCUUCAGGCUCCUCCGGAGGAAGGGCUACCGGACGACUUUUUGCUCAUGCCUGAGCCGGAAGACAUUAUGAAGUAUACUCCUUAA